AUGACCGAUCUGCGUCGAAGACAUUCUUCAACUAUCACCAAUGGUACAGAUUUUGAGAAUGAAACCCCGGAUGAAAGAAGAAAGAGAUUUUUGUUAGAGGUUGAUGCAAAACAUGAAAGAGCUCAUGAUAAGGACGAUUCCACCAAAAGAUUUAAAUAUUUAUUGGGCUUAAGUGCAUUGUUUAGAAAGUUCAUCAAUCUCAAUGCUUCCAAGGAUCCAGCAUUUAAGAAGAGAAUCAGAGAAAUUGAUAGUAAGACAUCUUUUAAAGAGUCCACCAAAAAGGGAAAGAGUUCUAGAAGAAGAAAAACCGAGAAAGAAGAAGACGCAGAGUUGUUACAAGAUGAGGAACACCAAGAUGAUGAAGAUCAUCAACACACUGUUUUAACAGAGUCACCUUCAUAUGUUAAAGAAGGUAAAUUGAGAGAAUAUCAAGUUCAGGGUUUAAAUUGGUUGAUUUCUUUAUACGAAGACAGACUUAGUGGGAUAUUAGCUGAUGAGAUGGGGUUGGGUAAAACUUUACAAACAAUUUCCUUUUUGGGUUACUUGAGAUAUAUCAAACAUAUUGAUGGUCCAUUUAUUAUUAUAGUUCCCAAAUCUACAUUAGAUAACUGGAGAAGAGAGUUUGCCAAAUGGACCCCUGAUGUCAACGUUGUUGUCUUACAGGGUGAUAAAGAAGGAAGAGCCAAGAUCAUCAAAGAACAGUUAUACACAGCACAAUUUGAUGUAUUGAUUACCUCAUUUGAAAUGGUUCUUCGUGAGAAAGGUGCUCUUCAGAAAUUCAGAUGGGAAUACAUUGUUGUUGAUGAAGCACAUAGAAUUAAGAAUGAAGAUAGUUCUCUUUCCAAAAUAAUCAGAUUGUUUUAUUCCAGAAACAGAUUAUUGAUCACUGGUACACCAUUGCAGAAUAACUUACACGAACUUUGGGCUCUUUUGAAUUUCCUUCUACCGGAUGUGUUUGGUGAUUCUGCUCAAUUUGAUGAUGCAUUCGAAAAUCAACCCACCGAGGACAUGACAGAAGAGGAAAAAGAAAAGAAACAAGACCAAGCUAUCCACGAAUUACAUCAAUUGUUGAGUCCAUUUUUACUUCGUAGAGUUAAAGCUGAUGUUGAAAAAUCAUUAUUGCCAAAGAUUGAGACCAAUGUGUAUAUCGGUAUGACCGACAUGCAAGUUGAUUGGUACAAAAGAUUGUUGGAAAAAGAUAUCGAUGCGGUCAAUGGUGUUGUUGGAAAACGUGAGGGUAAAACAAGACUUUUAAACAUUGUCAUGCAAUUGAGAAAAUGCUGUAAUCAUCCAUACCUAUUUGAUGGAGCUGAACCGGGUCCACCAUAUACCACAGAUGAGCAUUUGGUGUUUAAUUCCGGUAAAAUGAUUAUUUUGGACAAAAUGCUUAAGAAAUUUAAAGCAGAAGGAAGUAGGGUAUUGAUAUUUUCUCAGAUGUCAAGAUUGCUUGAUAUAUUGGAAGAUUAUUGUUAUUUCAGAGAGUAUGAGUAUUGUCGUAUUGAUGGUUCGACUUCUCAUGAAGAUAGAAUUGAUGCAAUUGAUGAGUAUAAUUCACCAGAUUCAGAAAAGUUUAUCUUUUUAUUAACCACUCGUGCCGGUGGGUUGGGUAUCAAUUUAACUAGUGCUGAUAUUGUUAUCUUGUACGAUUCUGACUGGAAUCCACAAGCUGAUUUGCAAGCCAUGGACAGAGCUCAUAGAAUUGGUCAAAAGAAACAAGUCAAGGUUUAUCGAUUUGUUACCGAGAUGGCCAUAGAAGAGAAGGUGUUGGAAAGGGCUGCUCAAAAAUUAAGAUUAGAUCAAUUGGUUAUUCAACAAGGAAGACAAAUGAAUGCAAACAAUACCAUUGGUAACAGCAAAGACGAUUUGAUUGGUAUGAUUCAACAUGGUGCUAAACAAGUUUUUGAAAGUAACAAGUCAACAAUGUUGGAUGAUGAUAUUGAUGCUAUCUUGAAACGUGGGGCCGAGAAAACAGCUGAACUAAACAAUAAGUUUAAUAAACUUGGUCUUGAUGAUUUACAGAAUUUAACUUCUGAUGCAUCGCCAUACACCUGGAAUGGACAAGAUUAUGGUAAAAAAGAUAACAACGGAUCUGGAUUCCAAUGGAUCAACCCCUCAAAGAGACAAAGAAAAGAAUUGACUUAUUCAGUGGACAAUUACUACAAGGAUGUAUUGAAACCUACAGUUCAGGUCAAAGAGAAGGUUGUGAAGCAACCGGUGAUUAAGCCAAAGGCACCAAAAUUGUACAAUAUUCAAGACCACCAAUUCUUCGAUGAAAAGUUGGUGACAUUGCUUGAGAGGGAACAACUUGCACAUAAACGAGAGAUCAAGUAUCAGUAUUCAGUUGAUGAUUUUGGUGAUAGUGACGAAGAGUUCUUGGAACAAGAAGAUGAAGAUGAUUUGACACGUGAUGAGAAAAGGAAGCUUGCCCAAGAAAAAAUUGAUACUGCUGUACCAUUAACAGAAGAAGAAAUUGCAUUAAAAGAAAAGCUUCUUGGAGAAUGUUUCCAUACUUGGUCUAGAAGAGAUUUUACAAAUUUCAUUCAUGCGACUGCCAGGUAUGGACGUGAUGCAUUUUCAAAAAUUUCCAAAGCUCUUGGAAAUAAAUCCAAAUCAGAAAUUAAAAAGUAUGCAAAGAAAUUCUGGGAAAGUUACCAACAAAUAGAUGGCUAUGAGAAAUAUUUGGCACAAAUAGAAGCCCUGGAGAAGAAACGAGACAAAUUGAUGAAUCAACAGAGAUUAUUGGCCAUAAAGAUGGAAAAUCUAGAUGAUCCAUUGGAGGAUUUGAAAAUCCAAUACCCACCAAACAAUUCUAAAAGGGUUUAUUCCAAGACUGAAGAUAAGUUUUUGUUAUAUUGUGUCCACAAGUAUGGCUUAUCUACAGAAAACUUGUAUGAAAAGAUAAAAGAAGAUAUUUUAGCCAGUGAUAUUUUCAAGUUUGAUUGGUACAUAUUAUCUCGAACCCCACAAGAAUUGGGAAGAAGAAUAAGCACAUUAUUAUUGGCCAUAUCUCGUGAGAUGGAAGGUCCACUACAUGGAAAGAAAAGGAAGGCAUUUACUGGAUCUAAUACAAGCUCAAGGUUAAGUUCAGUAGAACCACAACAUAGUAUUAAUGGGGAGAAGCGAUCUGCUGAACCCGUAGAAACACCCGAGUCAACACCGACAAUUAAAAAACUCAAGACAGAGCCAGUUUGA